AUGUCUUCAGAGCCGUCGGGGGUCUCGAGCCCCUCGCCCGGGCCCCACAUCCGCGACAUCUGCCGGUUGCUCGGCGGCCGGCCCCCGCCACGCAAGAUCCCUUGCAUGGCCAAGCGAGCAUGCGCCGGCCCGCACCCCGGCUGGAUCCCCGGGCAUGGCGGCUCCUGUGGGGUCAUCAAGGCCAUUAAGGCAUACCGACGCCGUCGUCACACAGGGUGCCCAGCGCCGGGGUCCGGGCUCGGUACCGCGUCCAUGCACCCGGCCCGAGCUGGGCCCUCACAUCCGAACCCAGCCCUCGGUCGGAGGUCCGAUGUCGCGCUCUGGGAUCCGGGCAGCCCCCGGGCCGGAGCCGCCUCGGCGCCCAAGUCACCCGCUGUCUGGGCCGCAACCAUACCCGCGCCCGGACGGACCCCCACAUCGCCCUCCCGGAAGAUUGCCCACGAGUCGGCCGCCUCCUGA